AUGAGCUCUACCCAAACUCUUCUCGGCCAGAAUGGAGUCUUUGGAGCUCCAAAGAUCUGUGUUAACUUCCCGUUCCGCUUCAGCAAGCUUGCACGUCUCCGUGCCCAACUCCUCGAACCUACACCAGGAGCCGGCUCAGGAGGCGGAUCCGGCUUCGAUGUCUCCAAAUCGGGCGAUGCUCGUAUAGCUUUAGUUGGUUUCCCCUCUGUGGGAAAGUCCACUUUUCUCUCGAAGAUCACCAAAACCAAAUCCGAGGUUGCUGCUUACUCCUUUACCACUCUGACCGCCAUUCCUGGCGUACUGGAGUACGGCGGCGCCGAGAUCCAGAUACUUGAUCUACCUGGGAUCAUUGAGGGUGCAUCAGAAGGCAAGGGAAGAGGGAGGCAGGUGAUCUCAGCAGCAAAGACCUCGGACCUUAUCCUCAUGGUCCUGGAUGCUACAAAAAAGGCCGAGCAACGUGCUCUUCUCGAAGCAGAGCUCGAAGCCGUUGGCAUCCGCCUCAAUCGUGACCCACCAAACAUCUACCUGAAGCAGAAGAAGGCCGGCGGCAUGAAGAUUACGUUCCAGGCGCCACCCAAAAACUUAGAUGAGAAGAUGGUCUACAACAUCCUACGCGAUUACAAGAUGCUCAACUGCGAGGUGCUGGUCAGAGAUGAGAAUGCGACAGUGGAUGAUUUUAUUGAUGUGAUCAUGAAGGAUCAUCGAAAGUAUAUUCGUUGUCUAUAUGUCUAUAACAAGAUCGACUCCGUCUCGCUUGACUUCCUCGACCAACUCGCCCGCGAGCCCAACACUGUUGUCAUGAGCUGCGAACUCGACCUUGGCAUCCAGGAUGUUGUGGAGCGGUGCUGGCAAGAAUUACGACUGAUGCGUAUAUACACCAAAAGGCAAGGCGUCGAGCCCGACUUCAGCGAAGCACUUAUUGUCCGGAACAACUCUUCGAUAGAAGACGUGUGCGAUCAGAUCCAUCGGACGUUGAAGGAGACCUUUAAAUAUGCCCUGGUGUGGGGAGCGAGUGCUAAGCACAUUCCGCAACGGGUAGGCCUAGGGCAUAUGGUGGCAGAUGAGGAUGUGGUGAGCAUAGUGAGUGCUUGGAAGGCAUGA